CCGGCCAUACUGAAUUUCUGGUUAGAAUUUAAAAACUUUGGACAAAAUCGUGUAAGUUAGAUAUUGUUAUUUAAAUUACCAAUGACUAGUGUUUUAAACAAACUCGUGAUAUAUAUGAACGGCUUGAUCUAUCCUAUAUCUGUCUAAUUUAUGUACAGAAUGACAUUUCUUAAGCAGAUUAUAUGUUGUGUAUUCCUCUAAAUAAAUGUUAAUUAUUUAAGAAGGGCCAGCUAAAGUAUCACUCUAUUUAAAUGUAUAAUUGAGCUAGAGGGUUGUGUCAUUGCAUGGUUGUUGAUAAAGUUUACUUCAUUGAGUUAAUUCACAGAGUCAGGUCAAGUUGUGUGUUGUGAAUUUGUUUAAAUGUGACAAGUGUAAAUCAGACAAGGCAAUGGGAUCUCUUGUUAUGUCAAAAUCAAGGACUUGUAUGAAGCAUUUAUGCACAUGGGUUGGCAUCCCCCUAUACCUCAGACCUGCUCUGACUGGCUCUCCGAAAUAUAACAUUCUUCAUGCAAGCAGAUUUGUCAUAAAGCCACACAUGCAGUUUUACUGCACAAAGGGAGACAAAUCGGCACAAUCAUUCAGCAGAGCUGCCAAAGAAAAAGGCUUCACUCCUAGAGCAAGGCCUGCAUUUCCUAAUUCAGUAUUCACAGCUGGCACGGCCAAAAGAACUGCUGAGUAUCUGAAAAAGCGUGCUGGGACAGAUAAAGAAGAACUGUCCAAUAAUUAUACUGCAAAGGCACGAGGAUCUUCAAAGGUUGCACUCCCUGAUCAUCCACUGACGAUGUCAGAAUGGACUAAAUUAAAAGAAGCUUCCUCCAAACCUGAACGCUUUGACUUACAAAUGAUGGAAGGAAUGCUAGCAGCUAGAGUGGACGUCAACAUCGCCAAAUCUCUCUUGACAUAUGUGGCUCAGGAAAAAGGCACUCUUUCCUAUGAACUCCUCUUGAGGUACCUCACGCUGUGUGUGAUGGGUGGGCACCACUCUGAGGUAUUUGACACGUAUGACAUAAUGAGAACUUGCUUUAAGACCCUCGACACUGGAGCGUCAUCCCUGUUUAUUAAAGGUUUUAGUGAAACAGAACGCUGGAGGGAGGCGCUUUCUGUGUUGGGGGGCAUGAAAAAGGCCCUCCCGCCAUCUUCGAGGAACUACGGUGAUGCCAUUGCCGGAGCGACUCUUCAUGGUGACAUUGAGACAAGCUGGAUGCUGUAUGGGGAGCUCCUAGAGCUGGGUCUCACUCCUCAUCAGAAUACCUGGCAGUGCCUGUUUCAGAGUGGAAUCACUCAGCAUGGACAAGAAGACAAAUUGUUUUCUGUCCUGUCAUAUAUGAGAGAUAAUCAGAUCUACCCAGAAGAGCCGUUGAUAAAAACGAUCAAAUCUUGGUUUGAGAGCUUAGCAGAUCCGAAAUGGAGAGGAACGUUUUCAUUUGUGGCCCCCAGUGGAGAGUGCAGGAAUUGCAAAGCAGCCUUGGAAUCCAUUCAGCUGACUAAGGAAGAGUAUGCUGAGCUGAAGAACAAAGUGAUGAAAGACGUGUUAGAAGGCAGUGACAUCUUCAACAAGACUACUCCAGAGGAGCUUGAAAGCUUUAAGAGUUUUGUGAAGCAGAGGCCUCCCUUUGAUAUUGUCAUCGAUGGUCUUAAUGUGGCUAACACUACACCCAAAGGCACCCACUCUGAAACGUUGCUGGCUGUUGUCUCAGAGCUGGACCAGCAGGGCCUGAACAUCCUGGUACUUGGCAGGAAGCACAUGCUACAACCUUCCCGGAACUGGGAUAGACAAAACAUGAACAUGAUCAAGCAGAAAGCCCAUUGCUUCUUCACUGAGAACAUAUCUGAGGAUGACCCCUUCCUGCUGUAUGCUGCUUUGUACUCUGGAAAUCACUGUAACUUUCUUAGUCGAGAUCUGAUGAGAGAUCACAAGGCCUGCAUCUCAGACCGAGCCACCAGACGCCUCUUCUUCAAGUGGCAACGUGGUCAUCAGUUGGUAAUUAGUCAUUACACACCAGGGAAAAAAGUUCGAUUUCAGAGGAUCGCAACAUACGAUACCAUCUUACAGACUGCUGGCAGCUCCUGGCACAUUCCGUACGAUGAGAAGGGAAGAGAUAGAGCCACAUAUGAAGUGCCUCAGAGUUGGCUUUGUCUAACUCAAGAACAUUAAGGCUUGAGUUACCCAUAAGUGUGCUGACUGUAAAAUAAAUAAUU